AUGGUGGUGCCCAUUUUCAAAAUGGGUACUCGCAUUGAAUGUAGCAACCACAGAGGUGUUAGUUUGACGCUUGUUGGGACAAAGCUUCUAUCGUCAUUGAUUCUUCGUCGUCUUAUGGCGGCACGCGAAGUCUUGACUCGUAAGAAUCAAGCGGGUUUCCGACCGGGUCGAAAAUGCGUUGACUACAUCUUCACACUCCGUCAGGUGUUAGAACAACGCCACAUGUACAGACGACCCACAAUCCUGGUAUUCCUUGACUUCAAGGGUGCACUCUCCCCAUUCUUGUUCAACUUCGUCAUCGAUGAAAUAAUGAGGCGAACACUGGACGGUUUUCAAAAUCCCGGUGUUCAAAUUGUUGCUGGCGAAAGCUUUUUCGAUCUGGAGUACGCAGAUGACAUCGCCCUCAUUUUCGAAGACCAUAGCAAAGCACAAGCCCUGUUGAAUGAACUGACCGUCAUCAUACCAUCUUUCGGCAUGCGCCUUGCAACUUCAAAGUGCAAAGUCCUGCUUCAGAACGUGCCCUCUACGAACAUAUCCCUUACAAUUCAAGCAGAAUCACUGGAGAUCGUGGAAAACUUUACAUACCUCGGUAGCUGCAUUAGCUCUGACGGAAGUGUGUCUGAUGAAGUCAGUGCAAGCGUCUCAAAGGCCCGAAUCACGUUUGCUAAUUUGUGUCACUUGUGGCGUCAAAAAGUAAGGGCUGUGUUGUUGUAUGGGUGCGAGGCAUGGCCUCUGCGGACAGAUGAUGUGAGGCGUCUUCGGGUAUUCGACCACCGAUGCCUCAGGGGGGUGGCUGGUUUAGGAUGGCGUCAGCGUGUCAGUAACGCGGCGAUUAGAAAACGGGCACCUCAAUCCGGGAAAGCAUCCAGCAUAAUCGACUACGAUGGCUCGGUCAUGUGCUACGCAUGCCGAAACACCGUCUACCGAGAUGAGUGCUUUUCUCCGUGCCUCCUUCAGGAUGAUGCAAACCGCGAGGUGGACAGCACAUGGCUUGGUAGAAGGGCGUCAAAGAGAUCACGAAGAGUUUGGAUGUUGUUGGUGUUGUGCGACUUCAAGGAUGGGGUCCCCGUGACCCCAUCUGUGCUUGGCUGGAGACGUUGCAAGAAAUGGCGGCUAAUCGAUGUCAGUGGCGUUCGUGCUACGACAAUGGAUCACUUCAUGGGAUUUAAGGCAAACAUAGACCCAUCACUAAUUGAGACAAGUGAACAGCCGUCGGAAGGAAAAAGCAGUUCGGUUCGCCGAUUGUUCCAAUCCACCAAAUGGUGUUGCGUAUAG